AACUAUUUGAACCGAAAUAAAGGAACGAACCGAACCGGCAGGCCUAGUGGUGACCGAGACAGUUGGCUCUCUAUCAGUAGAGCUGUGAAGUAGCGGGACAGCUACAGUCAGUGGCGUUAAGGACAUUCUCUUUCUGGCUAGGGUUCUUAAAAUUAUUCUCUUUUCUUAAACCCUGACUGAAUCCCUACGCACUAAGUUUCUCACGGGAGUGUGUGAUUCUCGGUUUUUCGAUCCGUUCUCCGGCGAUGACUUCUCAUCGGGUGUUAAUGGGGGAGGAGCAAAUGGAGAAGAGAUUCAGUUGGGUUUUGAAGAAGUUCUCAUCUUUACAAGAAGAGAGAUGCUACUCUCGCUCCUUCGUCGUCGCCGGGGUCAAUUGGCGCCUUGCUGCUUACCGGAAGGGAGAUAAGAAUGAUGGUCACUUGGCCUUGUUUCUGGAGUUUGCAGACUCUGAGUCUCUGCCACCUGGAUGGGCAAGAGACGUCAAUUUUAGCCUCACUCUCGUCACUAAGGCUUUUGGCAAAUCCAACUUAGUAAUGAGAACGCAACAAUUCUUCAGUGACGAGAUUGAGGGUUGUGGUUGUGAUACGUUUGUGCCCCUUACCAAACUUCAUGAGAAGAGUGAAGGAUUUCUGGUGAAUAACAAAAUCAUUAUCCUCGCUGAACUACAUGUACUUCCUGCCUCUGUUGUUGUAGUACCAGAGGAAACUGUCAAGAAGAUUACUGAACCUCUUAGCUGCCAAGCGGAUGAUGAAUCUGUCGGAAAAUCUCAGAGGGGUGCUUCUUGUGAAGAAACUGAGGUUACGAAUUUAGAUGAUGAUGGCUCAUCUGAAGAGGGUUCUGAUAAUGAUGAUGAUGAUGAUGGUCUUUUUGACGAGGUUACAGGUGAGGGUAGUGUUUCGUCUAAAAAGGAUGUCUAUGGUGAUGAUGCUUCAUCUCCUUUGUCAGAUGAUGGAGGUGUGGACAUAAGUCUUUCGAACCAAUCCAGUGCUUUGGAAGAGGCUUCUCACACAGUAGGAAAUCAUGGUUUAAAGAGUAACAGUGUGGCAGCAGAGACUGAAGUUUCCAAUGAUGAUGCACCUAAAGAAGAUGUCGGUGAUGAGGCUUCUUCAUCUUUUGUUUUCAAUGACAGUGGUGUUAUAAACAGAACCUCUCUAGACCAAGUGAAGCCCUUGGGGGAUGCCUCUCAGACAGUGGAAAAUGGUGUUAUCACUGAUACAUCGGUUACUGAGGCUGCUAAGGAAACAAUGGAUGUCAAUGGGUUUGACGUUUUUUCUUCUCAGGUAGAAUCAGUGAGACAUAUAUUCAGAAGACACCCGGACAUAGCAUUAGGCUUCCGUCCUAAGAACAGACAGAUCAAAAGAGCGUACAUGAAUGAACUCCUUAGCCUCAUCCAGCUUCUGUGCCAGUCACCAGAAAAGCUCUCAGAGGAUGAUCUGAGUAAUGCUGAUGACACGCUGGCUGAUCUGAUUGAUAUCGGCUUUAAACUGGAUUGGCUGAAGACAAAGUUGAAUGAGGUUUCUGAAAAGAAGAAGAAAGAACAGAGUAUUGGGGCACGGCUGCUAUCAAUGGAGGAACAGUUGCAGAAACUGAAGCUAAUGUUCUUGGAUCUUGAGACUCAGUUGCAGAUGGAAAAGGCUGAGGCGUUGGCCGCAAGAGCUCCUCUCUCGUUCAGUGAUGUUGUUUGCUGAUUUGGGAGGAUUCUUGUAGAAUUGUAGAUGAAUCUUUCUUUUUUCUUUUGAUGUCUAGGAACAAUUCUCAAGUUCAUAGUGUCACUAGUCUUUCGUCAAGUGAAACGAAGUAGUUAAAUUAACUUGAAAAAAAAUGAGUAUUUUACAACAUUCUAAAA